UUAUAUAUAUAUACAAGAUAACUAGAUAAUAGCGUUAACAUAAAAUAGCGUCAAUACCCGAUAACAGCGUUCGUGGUUAUCGGGCUAAAUAAUCCAUAGUAAUCAGGCAUGAGACCGGUGAUGCAUUUAUCGCGAUGCGCAAUUACGACGAUGCGCUUUCCAAAACAGAGUUUCGUCAUGGGCAAGGUUAAACUACGAUUACGUAAGAUCGUCAAGGACGAAUGCGGAGGCGUUCGCGAAAGAGCGUUUAGGAAUAGAUUCCUUCUCUUUCCGCUCGAUGUCACAUUUCGUGGAAUGAUAAAGAGCUUACCACAAAAAAGUUUUAGAUUACGCAAAGUCAUGCCCGCCUGCGGCUUAAUCUUAAUUCGCCGAUUAACGUGAUUUCAGUGAUGAAACACGUUACGUCGCAUCGCACAAUGCAACAAGAAUCGGAGUCCAACAGGACAACAUGGAAUCCGUUCGAUAUAUUUCAAUAUGACACGUGUUGCAAUUACGCGGUGAUCGUGCUGAAUUGUCCCAUAUAUUGGAAGCACGAGAUUAUGCUCCCAUUCUGGCAGAAAGCUCAAAUCACGGUCACCGUCGACGGCGGAACGCACAGAUGGCUGAAGUAUUUGGAGGAGCAUGGGAUAGACAUAUUAAGCGAUGAGCACAGGCAGUACAUACCUAAUCUCAUUACAGGAGAUAUGGAUAGCUGUUCAUCGAGUGUGAUCGAAAAAUUGGAAAAUAUAGGAUCUCUCGUUAUUAAAACACCUGAUCAGAAUCAUACGGAUUAUACUAAAGCCUUGUUGCAAGUUGCGCAGAAUGCCAAGAUGAGAAAUAUAAAUAAACAUCAGGCAGAUUUGACCAUAUCAUUGGCAAUAUUAAUACAUUGUACAAAAGUGACAAGCUUGUGGGAAAUAUACAGGUGAUGGAUAUUCUAUAUAUUCUAUU